UUAAUUUAAUUAUGACAGGCUGUUAUUGCAAAAGAUGUUUGUGCAUUAACUGUUAAUGCUUUUUAAAAAUUGUGUACAAUUGUGUAUAAUUACUUAUACUUUAAUAUAAUUUGAAUAGUUCCUCCUUUAAAAAUACUUUAAAUAUCAUAUUGGAUUGUCGGUUGAACCGGCUCCAGGGUGUAGUUCCUCGUCCUGCUGCUAGGGGGCAGUGUGGGUCACCGUGCCGGUACAGUAACAUGGCGGUCUGAUGCGAGCAAAAAGUGGAUUUCAGCCAACCGGAAUCAGUGGAAACGGCGCGUGCGGCUUUUACACCUUUUCAUCCGGUUGGAGAAAGACCAACGGCUGGAUUCACACGUCCGCUCCGCCGGUCCUCCGCGGCCUCGCUUCUCGCUCCUCGGGUGGCGGAGGUCGGGAUUCGAUCCCGAGUGGCCCCCAAAAAAUCCCGCGGACUCCCGGUACGUGUCUCUUCGGCCGUCGCCACCGAGGCAAGCGGUCUCUCGUCUCGCGCAGGGGUCGCUUUUUAAAAUGGCGCCGACGGUGUAACGUGAAAACGUCCGUUGAGUCACCCGCCGGUUUAAAAAAAAAAGAAAAAAGAGGGUUGUCGAAAACGUAACGGUGACGUAGGAAGCGCGAGACUCCACGGCCGCUUCAACCGUUUAGCAUUGGCGCUAGCUGUGUGUGGUGUUAGCUUACCGGGGGGGAAACGGGUACAAUUUAAAUAACUUUCCACUCGCCUGUUUGACGUCUGAAACGUAGGCCGAAUUAACGGGCGGUUAAAACACUGAUAUGCUAUUCAAGUAGCUGUAUUUAUACCACCGGUGUUCGGUUCAGAGCACGGAAGAAAACGUAAAACCGUCAGAAUACCGGACGAGGUUCUGUCUCUUCGUCUAACGCGAUAUCGAGACCACCUCGAGACAUCCCGGUACCGCGGUAGAUGUUGUUAAACUACUUCUUAAUGUACAAAUACACCGCAGCCGCCUCUGGUCGUGUUGCUCGUGUGAUUUCAGGCUGUUGAACUGUGUGCUGACAACUUUGAGUUGAACAGAAACAGGGAGGAAGCACUGAGUGUGAAGAAACAUACAUGAGGAGGCAUCUGACUGAACCAGCACCGGGCCGAUGGAUCCCAUUGACUCUGGACCAGGGCAAGACGAGUCGUCAGCUUUAACGUACAGCUCCAGAGGACGGCAGUGCAGGAAAAACAGCAAAUAUUGUGAUUAUGAAACUGAUGUUUCGUCCGAUCUGCAAAUUUCUGGACAAAACCCCCCAAAAACGGAGGCCGCAGGAGGAGGAGCUGCUAAGAAAUCUCCGGUAAAGAGGGGCAAAGCGGAGAGCGACGAGAAACGAGAAGCCACCGACGAAUCGUCUGAGGAGGAAACUCCUAAAAAGUCGCCGAGAGCCAAGAAGACUCCGCCGAAGAGGAAAACUCCCGCCAAAAGAACUCCCGCCAAAAAAACUCCCGCCGAAACAACUCCUGUCUCCGAUGGGGCGGGGGGCGUCGCCGACGCCGCGCAGCCGGAAAACGGGACGCCGAAGCCAAAGAGGCGGUACGUGAGGAAGCAGCCGCCAAAGGAACCCGUUGAGGAACCCGUUGAGGAACAAGAACCCGAGGAGGAGACCACGCCGAGCGGGCGCCACAGGAGGAGCGCCGCCAAAGUGGCGCUGAAGUACCUCCACAUUUUGGCAAAUGAAGUGCUCAACUGCCCCGGGGACGACUUGGGCCCGCCCCCAACGGGCAAGACCCAAAGUCUCAAAGGACGCAACGGUACAGUGGGGAAUGCGAGCGAGUCGGCGGUGGGAUUCCCCCGUGUUUUACUUCCUGUCCCGUGUGUUUCUUCACGUGAAAUAACACGGUGUAAAAGCCAAAAGAGGAAACGUUGCGACAGCGACGCUGCAGAAGACGAGGACUUCAUUCCGGAUGUUGAAGCCGAUGAAGAUGAAGAAGAAGGGGAGGAAGAGGGGACUGAAGACGAAGAGGUGGAAGAGGACUCCGACUCUGGCUCGGAUAGGCCGACUCCACAUCACAGCCACAAAACCCCCAACGGCCUCACGAGCAACAUGAUGCAGACGGUGUGGGACGCCAUGAACACGGUCAAGCAGUUCCGGGUGGAGCACUACAGCAGCUGGGUGUUCCCGGAGUGGGUCGUCUCCACCGAGGUCUGGCACCUCGUUCCUCCCAGUGAUCUGGAGACGUACCUGCCUCAGGAGCUUCAGUCUGCUGCCUUCAGAGUGAACAGAGACGGGCUGGGGAAGGAGAAGACGCCUCUGGAGAGACUCGGCAGGUUCUCGGCGAAGCCCGCCCACCCGGACCGCUGGGACAUGCUGCUGUGUGCGGGGGGGCCGGUCUGGGCCAUGGAGUGGUGUCCCACGCCCGACGGCGCCGAGGCGUCCCAGUACGUCGCUCUGGCCUGCCACCGGGGGAUGGAGGACAAGCACUGUGUCAACAAGACGCACGGCGGAGUCGGACUCAUUCAGCUGUGGCACCUGAGCACGCUGAAGUACAACAGCAGACCGGACUCUCAGCCGGCCUUGGCCUACGGCUUGGCCCAGGACAGCGGCUUCGUCUGGACCCUGAAGUGGUGUCCUGCAGGAGGCUGGGAGCUCCCCAGCUGUGACAGGAAGGCCCCGUUCCUGCCCAGACUGGGUCUUCUGGCAGUCGCCACCUCCAACAGCGUGGUCACCAUCUACAGCCUGCCCCACCCGGACGCUCUGAACCACAGCACGGGGCUAACUGGAAAAGCCGGUGAACAGCUGCCGAUUUACAAGGCAGAAGGAGUGCUGACCCUGAAGCUGGGCUCCCUCAAAGCCCCUCGCCAUGAGAAGAGCGGUCGAGUCCUGUCCAUGGAUUGGCUGCCGGAGAAACCUCACAACAUAAUGGCUGUCGGCUUUUAUGACGGCGUUGUAGGUCUGUGGGAUCUCACCACUAAGUCGGCCCUGUUGCGGCUGCAGGAGCCGGGCUCUCUGACCCUGCUGCCCUAUCGGUGCCUGCUGGCUCACGACCAUGCCGUCCUGGCGCUGGCCUUCUGCCCCGCCUCCAGGUUCUUGCUGGUGACGGCGGGGGAAGACCGCUACGUGAAGACCUGGGACCUGAGGCGGCUCUACGAGCCCAUCACGGUCCAGAAGCGCUACCUGACCAACGAGAUCUACUGGCCCCUGAACGCACCGGGGAUCCUGUUGGCCCAGGAGAACGCCUACGCCCCGUACGGCUCACAGGGAGUGCAUUACUUCGACCAUCACUUGCGAGCCAUCUUCGCAAUUCCUCGGACCAGCACCGUGUGGUCCAUCUCGUACACGGAGUGGUUGAACAGCGUGGUGACGGCCGACGGCCUCGGGGAGGUGAUCCUCUCGCUGCUGCCUCAGAUCGGCGUCAUCCCUCAGUACAUCAAGCGCACGCUGGACCGCCGCUUCCCCGUCUACCUCACGUCUCUGGUGCCUCACGAGGCGAGCGAGGAAGACGAUGGAGGACCGGAGGAGGAGGAGAAUGUAGAGGGGGACGCCGUCGAAGAGCAGGAAGGAGGAGAGGAGGAGAACGGCGGGGGAGGAGGUGGAAAGAACAAAUGUCCUCCUCUGAAGUUCCAGACGUACGAGGAGGCUGCGAAGAGGAACUGGCUCCAGCACACGGACAACGACAUGCGGAGCUUCGCGAGGAGUGAGAAGCGAGCGGUGUGGAAACGAAUGAGAGACACGGAGCUGAAGACCAAGCUGAACAUGGACGAGAGGCCCCUGGCUGCACUGCACAAGGUGCGCUUCAACCCCAACAUGUGCUGCCACACCUGGCUGGCGUCCGGCGGCCAGACGGGCCUGGUCAGAAUCCACUGUCUGAGGGCGAUGAUCGGCUCCCAGUCCAAGAAGAUCAUCGGCGAGACCCGGAGCCAGGUCCGAGGCCAGGAGGCGGGGGAGGAGCUAUAACACCGGGCCGGCUUGAAGGUGGAUCACAACACACACAACAAGCCUGCUGCUCACGGACACGGUUCUGAGCGUUCUGCCUGAACCCAGAGAGAGUUCCCGUCUCCACGACCCGUUUUUUACUUCCCCACCGAAAUGUCUCACAUACGCACUUUUUAUUCUCAAAAAGCGUUUGAAAGGUUUUUGAACGUUUCUCAUUCUCCAUGAAGAUGGAUUCCAGUUCCUCCAAUUUCAAACGUGGCCGUGAAUCCGUAUUUCCGACUCGGCCCAAGGUUUGAAUGUAAAUAAUCAGCUGCAUUCACUGUCUCUCAGGAAAAAAUACAACUCUUUUUUUGGGGGGGGAUAUUAACAACGGAAAGAAAUCUUCAUCCGGCUGACAUCUAGUGGUUGAAGUGGUGUACUGCACACACGUGGUUAACUUGUUAUUGAAGGAGGAUUUCAAAAUGUACAACAACAUGCGUCGUAUUUGUUUUCACUGCAGAAAUUAUGUUACGUUCACAAAAUUAAAGAUUUUAGCAAAGUUUAUUUAUAACUUUUUCUUUUAAACCGUUAAAACAUUCCACCGCAGCAUUUGUGCAUGUGCGUCUUCACAUUUGAUUAAAUUCCUACAAAACUACAGCGAUCUUCACGUGAACUGACACACAUUAUAUCAAGAUUAUUAUCUUUACUUUCGACAUCUUCUCCCGCUGUCGCUGUUUCAAGCUGCUGCGUUCAGGAAACAGCAACGAGCCUUCACGGAAAAACAUCACCCCAAAAAAAAACACAGCACCUUCAUAUCGUCAUGACUACGGGGAAAGCAUCCAUGUUGUUUCUGGGUUCCUUGGAGCUCAUUUCUGCUGCUGCGUUUUUGUAUUUUUUGUCUUUUAUCGUGUGGAGAAUAACUUUUAACUGAGGGGGAAAUACUUGAACUUUUAUCGGUGCAUCUCUGCCGGAUGUUUAUGAACGACGUCGUGUGUGUGUUGGUGAAUUAUCCCUGUUGUCGUUCGGUGGUUUCAAAGGUUUUGAUUCUUUAUUUAAUUAAAGCUGUUUCCUAAUUUUUCAGUGUCUUUAAAAAAAACAACUGAGAAAAGUCAAAGCUCUUGUUCUCUUUCUAGAAGUCGUCUCACGCGUCACUCUGAGUUUAAUUAGAGGUUUUUCAGAAUGCGUUUUAACUAAAAGUUAAUAGUUCUUAACUUGUAUAAAAAAUAAUGAUGAUAAAAGCACCAGGAUGUACAGCAAGUCUUCUUUUUUUUGUGCUCUGUUUCUAUUUUUGGAAAUGUUUAAAUAUAAUAAAAGUUGUUUUUGUAAAGAUGAGUAGAAAUGAAAUAAAAGUAUUUUGGUGGUCUGCA